AUGGCCACUCUUGGUGCUCUCAACCCCUACGGGCAUCUCGCUCGGUCAGCCCGGACCGGCAUCACCUACAUCCCUCGCCGCACCUUGACCUAUACUGUCCCUCGCCGUGCCCAAGAAAAUGGUUACAAUGGAAACAAAGAACCUCAAUCGAAGUCUGGCGCCUUUUCGUCCAUCAAGAACUUCUUCUUCGGCGGGAAGUCCGACGCAAAGCCCACGGUCCACCGGAGGACAGCCCCCCAGAAGCGAGAGGGUAGCCUGAGUGCCGACUCGAUUUUUGCGGAGGACGAGGCAACCCCCAAGCUGAUUGCAUCUGGUCGCACACCGGCUGCCCGUAAACAGGAGGCUGAACCUGCCGAGGGAGAAGAGGUUCAGACUAGCGUGGAACACCGGAACCGAGACAAUAUGCAGAUGGUGUUAGACCCUCGUCCCGAGGCACGUAUUCGUUGGGAGCGUAAGAUGGUCGUCCGGGAGGUUCGCCGUCGAGGACGUCUGUCAAAGCCCGAACAGAUCAUGCGCACGGAGCGCGAAUCGGUCUCCAAGUCGCACUGGUUCAAGACUUCCGUCAAGAAGCUUGGUCCCCUGGCCCGCCAGAUCGCCGGAAAGAACAUUGACGAAGCCAUGCUACAAAUGCGUUUCAGCAAGAAGAAGGCUGCCAAGGAUGUUCUUGAGCACCUCAAGCAUGCGAAGAACGUUGCCGUCGUCCGCUCCGGCAUGGGUCUUGGUGCCGCCGAGGCGACCAUCCGCAAGCCCAUCACGAUCACUCUGAAGUCCGGAGAGCGUAAGACUAUCACCGACCCGACCUCCAUCUACAUCGAGCAGGCGUGGGUCAACCGCGGUCCAUAUGGCGUUGAUUACGAUCACCGUGCCAGAGGCCAGAUCAACCUCCUCCGCCCGCCGUACACAUCUCUGUCGGUCGUCCUGAAGGAGGAGAAGACACGGAUCAGGGAGUGGAAGGACCGUGAGGCUGUGUCGCAACGCAAGCGCAAGACUCAGCUCUGGACACAGCUGCCUGACCGGAAGAUCACUGCUCAGAGCCAGUACUACAGCUGGUAA